AUGUCUGCACAAUCUUCCAAUCCAUUAGAAUUUCAAGAUGUCUCAAAUUCAAAUUUAUCUACAGAAGAUAUUUCUUGUCCAAGAAAAAAAAGACGUCGUUCUACUAAAAAAAUAGCUCGCUGCAGUUAUGUGUAUUAUUUUUUUAAAGAAGGAACUUCAUCAGAGACCGUUCAAUGUAAACUCUAUAUAGCAAACUCAAAAGAAGCUCAUAAUUAUAUUACGCAUAGCAGUACUACUAACCUGCGCAAUCAUUUAAAAGAGCAUGAGAUUUAUCAAAAUAAUUACAAAAAUUUUCUUGAUAAAAAUAAUAAUAUUCAAAAUCCAACCACUCGUCAAACUACGAAUACUGAAAUUACUCCAAUCAAUGCUUCUAAACAAAGAAGAAUUACCUGUCGUUUAGUC